ACUACUACUGCGAGAUUGACAGUUUUAUGUGGGCUUUAUACCGAUGAUCAGCCAACCAUCACAUUAUGCCCAAGAGACACAAACCUCAUCCUUAUCGAAUGUGAUGUGACAGAUGGCGUUUUUCUUGAUUGGGAAUUUACACCAUUAGGUAACCCUGUGUCAUUUACUCCUGAAGACGAGGUGGGUCAGGUGAUAGACAGGUCACCUAUCUCAAUAACACUGAAAAGCAGAGUGUCUAGUGGUGGAGAGACAACCUAUAAAUCAGAAUUCAAAGCAUUUAGUAAUGAGCUUAGAAGCACUCUUCUUCAACUAAAGCGAACCUCAGUUGAAGUUAGUUGUGUAGCAUCAUCAUCUGUAAAAGACACCGUCUCUCUUAUAGUUCAAGAGAAGCAAAGACCUACAAUUAGUAAUGCUAUUCUUGUAGAAAAUGAGUUGACAAUUACAUGGACAUCGGAAAUAUAUGAUAUUGCGAUUAUUGCAGUAGUUGUCGAAAAUGCUCAGAGAAAUUUUCAGAAGACAACGUUUGUUGAAUGGAAUGAGAUGGAGGAGUCAGUCAUUGUUGAUCCUGCAGUUCCUUACAAUGUUACGGUUGUUGUCUACGAUAGAUGUCGGGAAAGUCACACGUCAGACAUUUUCCAUGUGCAUCCAGGGAUUGAAACCACGUCUACUGAGGCAGGAUCAAUCAGCUCUUUAAUGAGACUAGGUAUUUUUCCAAGUACGACUGAACUCAAUGUGUCUAUGGCCUAUUGAAACAGCCUCCUCCUCAUUUUGCAGGUGCUGAACUAAAUCCUUCCCAAACAGAGUAUGCGUCCACACCUUCACAGACAUUUGUUUUCCCUUCAUCACAGCCAGAGUGUGAUAAUAGAGGUGAAGAGAAUGAUUGUAACAAGCAUUCACCACUUAUAUUAUUAUUAUUUCAAUUGCAGAUGGUAUUAUUAUUACAUUAGCAGUGCUGCUUGUGAUAGCCUUUCUUAUCGGCAUAACUCCGUUGGGAUUUGUUGGUUUCAUCUUUCUGUGGAAAAGAAGAAACUCUCUUCAGCAACUUUAGCUUAAAUCUGAGUCCAUUUGAUCAUUUGUUAUAUAACUU